AUUUCCCCCUUGCCCGUCACCAGUAAGUUUCUGGAAAACUUCUGUUUACCAACGGAAAAUAUCCUGUUCUGUUUCUAUUCUCUACCCCUUACAGUUCUGUGUUCGCCAUGGUUUCCUCUUCCGUCAUUGGCUCCCUGGCCUCCAGGGCUGUUUUCUUAAUGUCUAGUCAUAUUACCAGUCGCGCAGACUCUGCGACAUACGCUUCUCACACAGUCGACGCGCUCAAUACUCUUCAACAAUGGUACAAUCGCGAGACUGGUCUCUGGGACACCACUGGCUGGUGGAAUAGCGCCAACUGUUUAACAGUGUUGGCCGAUUUUGCGCUUUUGGACCCAUCCGCUUCUGACAGCCUAAUGAUCCCGGAGAUCAUCCAAAACACCUAUGACCAAGCACAGAAGACGCCAGUGCAAGCAACCAAGAUAUUGUCGGCUCAAGGACUUCCUGUUUCAUCAUACGUCAGAGUUUCGAAAACGAAAAGAUCAGAAAUUGUUAAGAGGGGAUUCGAUAACUUCCUCAACGAUUAUUACGAUGACGAAGGUUGGUGGGCCUUAGCCAUGAUCCACAGCCACGAUGUUGGUGUCAAGGGCAUUGGGGAUCAACAGUACCUCCAAGCCGCCGUCGAUAUUUUCGAGGAUAUGAAAAAGGGCAACUCCACAUGUGGUGGAAUUUUCUGGAGCAAGGUUACGCCAUACACCAAUGCUAUCGCAAACGAGCUCUAUCUUAGCGUCGCAGCCUCGCUCGCAAACCGGAUUCCCUCGCGAAAGGAUUACUUCUUGGAUACGGCCAAAGCCCAAUGGAACUGGUUCAAGAACAGCGGUCUGAUCAACAAGGAUAACCUAAUCAAUGACGGUCUCACUGACGAUUGCAAAAACAACGGCAUGCAGACCUGGACUUACAACCAGGGAGUCAUUCUGGGCGGAUUAGUGGAGCUCUCCCAAGCCACGGGUGACAAGUCACUGCUUACCGAGGCUCAGACCAUUGCUUCGGCUGCGAUCACCAAGCUAUCCAAGGAUGGUAUUCUUUACGAGGGCUGUGAGCCAAACUGUGGAAGCGAUGGUUCGCAGUUCAAGGGGAUCUUCAUGCGCAACCUACACUACUUGCAAAAAGCAGCUCCUCUAGACCCUAUCAAGAACUUCCUUCUGACGAACGCGGAUACGAUCUGGGCCAAGAACCGCAACGCCCAGAACCAACUUGGCGGCACCUGGGAAGGACCCUACACGAACGCAACAGCAGGCACACAAAGCUCUGCCCUGGACGUUCUGGUGGCGGCGGCAGCAGUAGCUUGAUCACACCGCUUCAUGGUUUUGGUUAUAGGCGAAUUGGC